AUGUCGAGGCUUGCCGGACCAUUUAACAGGCUCUUCGCCAGGAACAUCCGUAGGCCCAUAUCCAGGAACCUGCAAACAUCAUUCUACUACAGCACAAUGCGCGCAGCUAGAUACUACGGAAAGGAAGACAUUCGGGUUGAGAACAUUCCCGAGCCGACGGUUGGGGCGGGACAGAUCAAGAUCGCCCCGGCCUUUGUUGGUAUUUGCGGAACAGAUCUUCACGAGUACCUCGGAGGACCCAACUUCUGCCCCACAACCGCUCAUCCCGUCACCAAAGAGACCAUCCCCGUCACAUUGGGCCAUGAGUUCUCAGGCAUCAUCUCAGAAGUUGGCCCUGGAGUAGAGGGCUUUGAAGUCGGUCAAGCGUGUGCUGUUCAGCCUACAAUCUUUUGUGGACACUGCGCAGCGUGUGAUUCGCACGCCGAGAAUGUGUGUCACGAUGGAGGUUUCGUCGGAUUGAGCGGGGGUGGUGGUGGGUUGAGCGAAGCUGUCUGUGUGAACGCUACACACGUUUUCCCUCUGCCCAAGCACCUGUCGCUUGAGAUUGGAGCUCUUGUCGAGCCUCUUUCUGUGUCGUGGCAUGCCAUGAGUGCAGCCCCAGAGAUCAACCCCGAGUCCAAGGUCGUCAUCAUUGGAGGUGGGCCAAUCGGUUUGGCAAUGAUCCUGUGUCUCAAGGCCAAGGGUGUUAAGGAUAUCAUUGUCUCUGAGGUUGCCGUGUCUCGCCAGAAUUUCGCCAAGGAGUUUGGUGCCUCUCUGGUGGUCAACCCGAUCAAGGAGAACCUCAACGAAACUGUCUUGGGCUUGAGCGAGGGCAGAGGCGCCGAUGUGGUAUUUGACUGCGCCGGAGUUCCAGCAAGUGUCAAGAGUGCCUGCGAGGUCGUCAAGACGAAGGGCACCGUGGUCAACGUGGCCAUCUGGGAAAAGGAAAUCCCCUUCAACCCCAACUGGAUUACAUGGAAGGAGAGUGCCUACAAGUCUGUUCUAGGCUACCAGCGAGAAGACUUUGAAGCCGUCAUUGAGAAUCUCGGCACAGGCGCCAUUGAGCCCAGUCAAAUGAUCACACGAAAGGUCAAGCUCGAGAACAUUGUGGAAGACGGUAUCAAGGCACUGAUUAACGACAAGGAUAACCAGGUCAAGGUUUUGGUUGAUAUUCAUGAUAAAUGA